AUGGCUCCUAGAUCAAUUAGUGUAGCGACGAUAGUACCAACGAAGAUUAACCAAAUUCUUCAAAGAGCAAACAUAAGUGACGUUAAUUCAAUCAUAAAUGGAUCGAGAAGAAUCUUAAAUGGAGAAGAAUCAGGGGACACUAGACCGUAUAUGGUAUAUUUAAAACUUCCAUCGAGUAAUUUAAAGUAUCAAAAUUAUCGGCACUGGCUCUGCGGCGGUGUGAUCAUCCACGAAGAGUACAUUCUCACAUCAGCCGCCUGUAUUGAAGAUGCGAAACAUUUUUACGUCGUGUCCGGCACAUAUAGACAUAACCCAGAAGACGAUCGUCUGAACAACGCAUGUAUAAAAAACGGAGCAAAGAAAGCAAUUUGGAAAUGUAUUCCAAGAAAUUACGUAUUCGAUGGUCACGAGAAUGACAACAUCAGAUGGAUGAACAACGAUAUAGCUAUCGUCAAAGUUGAGGACGAAUUUGAUUUCACGAGACGAAUACGAGGAUGCGACUUUAUACCAAAACCUAUUUGUUAUAAUAACCAAAGCAGUAGAUAUGAAAACCCUGGCACCACGGCCAUAAUCGCUGGAUGGGGUUCUACUGAGAAAUAUAAUGAUUGGGUCAAUCGUCGUAGUCAAUCAACAACUCAACAACUUUUGGAAACAAAUGUGGUAUUGAUUUCGAAGAGGCGUUGCAAACAGCGUUGGGGUUCUCGUUACCACAAUAUUAUUGACAACUAUAUGAUAUGUUCCAAGGACAUGUAUGCAAAACUAAGUGAAGUUUGCAAUGAAAAAUACGUCGAAUGCACAGAUAUAAUGUACUCGGAAGAAGAUGAAGGGACACGGCGAGUACUUGAUCAUGAAAAAUUAGUUCUACAUUCAGCCUACCACAAUGAAUCUGGAAGUAGACGAAAAUCUGGCGGUGGUGGCUUCUGUGAGAAUGACCAUGGAGGUCCGUUAAUUUAUGAAGACGGUUCAAACGCUCUUGUUAUCGGGAUUAUAUCAGCUUGUCUCGUCAAGGAGCGCACGAACAAGUGCUAUGGGCCGUUCCUCUACACAAGUGUCUAUAAGAACAGAGUUCUCAUCAAUUGUGCCAUUUACAAAGAUGUCGGGAACGAUUGUUCAAAAUUGUUUCGAUCCGGUAACUCAUACAGAGAAGAACAUAUGAAUUGGUCAGAUCAUCCAGAUGGGCCAGCUUUGCACGAAGAAGCCAAAAUGAGAAGAAUAGAAGAAAAUUCAAGAACUGAAGUUGUAGAAACAAUGACGCAUAGAAACAAUGCGCAGAUGGGCAAAGUAGCCGACCACCACGUGUAG